CACAGCGAUCGGCAGUGUGCUGUGUCCCUCGGAUACAGCGGAUCACGAAUCAAUGGAAAGAGCCGAAGAUGUCUGCUCGGUCAUGGGACAUGUACACAGAUCAUCAGAGCACUGCUGAUCAGUGUAACCCUGAUGAUCUUUGUAGCCCCAGCAGUGCCACCUGUCAGUGUCCAUCAGUGCCAGCUCUCAGUGCUCUUCCAUGCCACCUGCCAGUGCCCAUCAGUGCCACAUUUCAGUGCCCAUCAAUGCCACAUAUCAGUGCCCAUCUGAGCUGCCUUUCAGUGUCACCCAUCAGUGCCAGUAAGUGCCACCUAUCAGUGCUGCCAAUCGGUGCCACCUAUCAGUGCCAGUCAGUGCCGCCUAUCAGUGCCAGUCCGUGCUGCCUAUCAGUGUGUAUUAGUGCCGCCUAUCAGUGCCUGUCAGUGCCGCCUAUCAGUGCCACCUAACAGUG